ACAUUGGCGAGUGCAGAGUGCGAAGUGCGAAGUGCAGAGAGCAGCGCUGUCAGAAGCGGUUGGGAAUUACAACAAGUCCAAACAAAAAGGAGGAAAAUAAUAAAAGUGAAAUAUGCAAAUAAAAGCACGAGGAGCCAAGGAGCUGCUCCAGGAGUGAAAGUGGAGACGGAAGCCCAUAUAAAAGCGGCCACCUGAGCUGCCCGAGCAACCCCCACACACACACACACGCACACACACUCACGCACACACACACGCAUAGCCACCCCCAAUUUGUUCUAUAUGAUUAUCGUGUUAUUGCUGCUGUUCCAAUCGCUGUGCCUCUACUGCCAACGCCUGGUGCUGCACGUCCACGACAGAUGCUUUCCGCGCAACGCCCGCUUGCUGCAGGAGUCCGCCGAAACGGUCGGCGAUCGUAAGGCGCUGCAGCAUCUGGAGCACCUGCAGCUGGAGCAGAGCCGACGCCGCCAGAAGCGUCGCCACUUGGAGCCCAUCCUGCCGCUGGGCGCCGGGCUCAAUCUGGAAGCGUGCCGCUUCUGUGCGCACAGUCCGCAGGGCUAUUGUCGGCAUCAUUUCCAUUUGCAGCUGCAUACACAGCGGCGCGACGGCGGCGGCGCCGGCGGCGUUGGCAGCGGCGGUGACCAGGACUACAAGCAGCUGCGCAGGAUCAGGCGCGAACUGAAGCGAAGUCUCGAGCCAAGAAGCAGCCAUCAUCGCAUCAUCAAUUAUCUACCAUACAGUCGCAGCACGAGUUCGCUGAGCAGCGGCUACGGCUCACUGGCAGCCUCGCAGGAGGAGCAUCUGGAGGAGGAGACGUGCAGCUAUCUGGAGGAACAGGAGGAGGUGGAGACGUGCAGCUAUCUGGAGGAGCAGGAGGAGGAAACGUGCAGCUAUCUGGAGGAGCAGGAGGAGGAGACGUACAGCAACAGCAGCAGCUAUCUGCCGGAGUUGCAGGAGGAAGUGCAGCAGGAAGUUCAGCAAGAGCAACUUUUGAUAACCAGCCAUCUGUAGAGCAGCAGCAGAAGAAGAACUGUAGAUUCUAUCAGGAGGAGGCGCAACGAGGAGGAGAAGACGUAUAGCAGCAUCAGCU